AUGUACUCUGCGGAUGCCAGCCGAGACCAGGGCGGACUGAAGGCAGGCACGUCUCAGGGCUUCGCAAACGUUGCAGCUACAAGGAAGGAGCGUUCUGGUCGUGCGGCUGCUCGUGAUGGGAAACUCGUAGCGUGGCGAGCAUCUCUCCUGCUGGCUUUUUCCCGCGUGUUUUGGCCUCUCCUGCUGCAUCCUCCCUUUUCUUCUGUCGUCCGAACGCCAUUGCACUUCGACUCGUCCUUUUUCGUGACCCGCGUUGUGCGCCCCGUUUUGACACAGCGCCGCCCUCGCUCCCGGUUGGCUCUGUUUCUGUCUUUGCGUCGACACCCUCAUCAUUUCGCGCUCACUUCCAAUUCUCGCGACAGCCGCCGACGAUUCGAUGCACGUCACGAUUUGAGCCCCCGUCAGUCAUCCGCACCCAACGCCAUACCCACGUCUAUGACUUGA